UCUAUAUCUACCAUCACUCUCAGUCCUCGAUUCACUUUUUCAUUUUUCCUCCUCCUUUCAACAACCGCACCUGACCAGAGCAGUUGCCAACUUACCAGAGAAAUACCAACUCCAGUCCAGCCAUGUCAGUCGUUAAUCCCUUCCUCAAACAAUCUCCAUACCAUUCCUCAACCUCCGAUUUCGCUUCUAAAUAUAAUCAAUCUUCACGAAUUUCAGUCAAAUUCACUGUUUCUUCCUCUGCUCUAGCGUCUCCUGUCACAUUGUUGAAUGGAAGCGCAGAUCUGAGAAUUCCUGAGAGAAAUGAAAUUCGACUCGGUUUGCCUAGUAAAGGACGAAUGGCUUCGGAUACUCUCGAUCUCCUCAAGGACUGUCAAUUAUCUGUUAGGCAAGUGAAUCCUCGGCAGUACGUUGCACAGAUUCCUCAGCUAGCCAACAUGGAAGUUUGGUUUCAGCGGCCCAAGGAUAUAGUUCGCAAGUUGGUUUCAGGGGAUCUAGACCUUGGUGUAGUGGGCCUGGAUACAGUUUAUGAAUAUGGACAGGAAAAUGAAGAUCUAAUUCUUGUUCAUGAUGCCCUUGAUUAUGGAGACUGCCGAUUAUCAUUAGCAAUUCCCAAGUAUGGUAUUUUUGAGAACAUAAAUUCAUUGAAAGAGUUGGCAGAAAUGCCCCAGUGGACUGCUGAGAAGCCUCUGAGAGUUGCCACAGGUUUCACUUAUAUGGGGCCAAAAUUUUUGAAGGAAAGUGGAUUGAAGCAUGUGACCUUUUCAACUGCUGAUGGAGCGCUGGAGGCAGCUCCCGCGAUGGGGAUUGCUGAUGCUAUAGUGGACCUUGUGAGUAGUGGUACUACACUAAGGGAAAAUGAUCUCAAAGAAAUUGAAGGAGGAAUUAUUGUGCAAAGUCAGGCUGUCCUUGUUGCUAGUAGGAAAUCACUGGUCCAAAGGAAAGGUGUAUUGGAUGCUGUCCAUGAGAUUCUAGAAAGGCUUGAGGCUCAUCUGAAGGCUGAAGGACAAUUCACUGUUGUUGCCAACAUGAGAGGAAGUAGUGCAGAGGAGGUAGCUGAACGAAUAUUGAGUCAAACUUCAUUAUCUGGCUUGCAGGGGCCUACUAUAAGCCCAGUGUUCUGCAAGCGUAACGGGAAAGUAUCAGCUGAUUACUAUGCUAUAGUCAUUUGCGUGCCAAAGAAAUCUCUUUACCAAUCUGUUCAGCAGCUUAGAGCGAUUGGUGGUAGUGGAGUUUUGGUUUCACCUUUGACCUACAUAUUUGACGAGGAAACACCAAGAUGGCGUGAACUUCUCACAAAUUUGGGCUUAUAGAACCGAUGAAAAUCUCCCACCAGGUUUAAAUAUAAACUCAGCUCAAAGAGCAAUUUCGUUCAUUUUAUGUUUGUUUCUAUUGUGCAAGUAGAUUCAUGUAUCGGGUAAGGUUUUUGUUUUUACCAUAAUGCAGACCAAAUGACUCACUCUAUUGUUGUAUUGCUUUGAAUUACGUUUUGGUUUAAGAGGAUGAAGGUUGUAGUUUAGGGCUACAAUUUUACCUAAAAAAUAAAAAGAAUUGGGAAGCCUUUUUUUUU